CUCUGCAAAGGCUGCCGGGAAGCGUGGUUUCUAAGUGGGCGCGACUCUCUACUUGGAGCAAUUGCGCGUGCGCUGCUUCCGUUAGCCCAAGUCGGGAACAUGGCCGUACGGUCGCUGUGGGCGGUCCGGCGGCGGGGACAGCGCAUGCUGGCCUGGAGUGCGGCGUGGGAGAGCAGGGGAUGGCUACAUCCAUUCAGCACUGCCACCCAGAGAACUGCUGGUGAGGACUGCAGUUCUGAGGACCCUCCUGAUGAGCUUGGGCCCUCUCUUGCUGAACGAGCCUUAAGGAUAAAAGCUGUUAAACUGGAGAAGGAAGUCCAAGAUUUAACAGUGAGAUAUCAGAGAGCUAUAGCUGACUGUGAAAACAUAAAGAGGCGAACCCAGAGAUGUGUGGAAGACGCCAAGAUAUUUGGAAUCCAGAGUUUCUGUAAAGACUUGGUAGAAGUGGCAGACAUCUUAGAGAAGACUACAGAAUGCAUUUCUAAAGAAUCAGAGCCUGGGGACCAGAAACUCCUUCUGGAAAAGGUCUUCCGAGGAUUGUCACUUUUAGAAGCAAAGCUGAAAAGUGUGUUUGCCAAGCAUGGCCUGGAGAAGCUAACACCUAUUGGUGACAAAUAUGAUCCUCAUGAGCAUGAACUCAUCUGUCAUGUGCCAGCUGGUGUUGGGGUGCAGCCUGGCACCGUGGCUUUAGUAAGGCAAGACGGCUAUAAACUUCAUGGCCGUACUAUUAGACUUGCCCGGGUGGAAGUGGCAGUCGAGUCUCAGAGAAGACUUUGAACAGGCCAUCAGUAACUGAAUGUUCUCCAGAGUGCAGUCACCGUGUUCCUUUUAUUUAUUAAACUAGGUUUAUAUUGUACAUGAGGUACUUCAUGUGAUAUGUUUUGAAUUUAGUCAUAUUGGCUUUAUAAGAUAUUCUGUUGAUUUAAUGUGACCUGUUUGGUCUUAUCAGAAGUCUUUCCAUUGGGCAUUUGAACAAUGUGACAAGUGUUCCUAUGGUCUUUAUCAAAAUAUGUUUAGGAAAAUUAUUCUUAAAUUGGUACACUGAUGACUUUGAAUCUACAAUCCU